GAGAAGUGCAUGAGUAAGUUGUUGUGGUUGAAAUAGCAAAUCAAGUCAACCUCAUUGCUCGAAGCACAUACAUAAUGCCAUUGUUACGCAGUCUUUGUUUUCUUUUUACAAUUUUAACAAUUGUUGUUCAAAUUAAUGGACAAAAUGACUAUUGCAACAUUUGUCGAGAUCACACCAUGUGCCGCUUUACGAAUCCACAAAAUGUAUGUAGUGCAAAAGUAGCUUAUUUAACAUCCGCACAACAAAACGAAAUUGUAAAUAUACAUAAUGAAUUUAGACAGCGAGUCGCUAAAGGAAAUGAAGGACGAGGAAACCCUGGACCACAACCACGAGCAAGAAAUAUGCCAAAUAUGGCUUGGGACAGUGAAAUCGCAAACGUCGCACAAAGAUGGGCUAAUCAAUGUAAAUUUGGCCAUGAUACUUGUAGAAAUGUUCGCCGUUUCGGUGUUGGUCAAAACGUAGCUAUGGCAUGGACAACAGGUUCUAAUCCUUUGUCAAUAAAAGGUUUGAUAACAAUGUUGUAUGAUGAGGUAGCUAAAUUCAAUCCAAACCAAAUUAAACCCUUCAGAUUUACAGGAGAGACUGGACAUUACUCACAAAUGUUAUGGGCAGCAAGUACGAGGGUUGGAUGUGGUUAUGUUAAUUAUAUGAAUGGAAAUCAAAACACAGUUUUAUUAGUCUGCAAUUAUGGACCAGGGGGAAAUGUUAUAGGAGGCACCAUGUACGAAAGAGCUUAAUAAAGAAAUUUAUUUUAAUGAAAUAGCUCUCCUUUUUAUUACGCUAAGACUAUUCUUUUGUAACUGAAAAAUAAAAAAACUUGAAAAACAA